AAAGAGGGGGCCUCCAUUUACAUAGCUUCAUUCUCCCACCUACUUUUCCCAUCUUCCCUCGUCCUCAUGGCUUCGCUGUGCUCAUGUUGAUGCCAGAGCAUCGUUAGCGUCUUUCACUCACUCUCGCAGUGCACACGCGCCUCCGGAUCAGCUCUCCCGCUGUCUCCUCUCCUUCACAGAAUGCACUUGCUUAAAGAUAUCAACAUUCUUCCAGUUCGCGGCGUAACGUGGAAAUCUUAUUUUUUCCGCUGCUACCAUAUUUGAAAUUCGAAAUUGAUUUUUAUGCUGGCCGUUUGCUCGCCUAACAACACAUCGGGGAAUUGUGUGGGUUACAGUAUGGGCUGUGAAUGAUCAUUCACAAGGUAUGGAACAUUCUUAAUCAUCCAAUAACGACUGCCAGUUGUAUCGUUAUAGCCAACAAGUAGGCCUAUAUUUCUGGUGCUUUUCUUUCCAAAUCUCGUAGCUAAGAAACCCGUUUUUCUAAUAUUUUCCCACUUAGUCGGAUCCCGAUGUUUUUAAGAAUUAUGACACAGGCAUUUGGCGCUGGUUCAUAGGGAGAGUUGUGAAAUUAGGUGGCUACAUGUUCAAACGGUGUUGAAAAAUAAUAACGGAGUGUUAACGGCUAUCUUUUGAAGAGGAGCGACGUCCCAAGAUCCUGCGCAUCAACAGCAGCUUGCUCCAUUGAGUAGGAAUCGGUGCAGAAGUGUCACACCGAGGAAAGCUCUGAGCCAAAUCACACUACGGAGGAGGAAUUCAAGAGCGACUGGAGAGUUAUUAUUUUGCUGAGCGGGAGCAAGCGCGGGACCCAGCGACGGCACCACCGCCCGUGGAGAGCAGCACCACCAUGACCUGCUGAGAACUCCACACACACCGCAUCACACACUACACCACGUCACGCCACUCCAGCAGCAGGAAGCUCUAAGCAGGUGUGUGUCCAGAAGCACGUGACGUCCUGAACCCUCCCAACAUGGCAGCAUUUGUCCUUCCUUCUCUUCCUCUCUCAUCCCUCUCUCCCCACCUCUCCUCCUUCCUCCUCCUCCUCCUCUUCUUCUUCCUGGGCCUCGCGCCCCACCCCUCCCUGGCCGGCUCCUCCGCGCCGGACGUUCCGGCCGGUAACUGCUCGAGCGACGACGCGUGUGCGGACGGCGUGGUCCUGCCCGUGUGGAACCCACAGAACCCGGCGGUGGGCGACAAGGUGGCGCGUGCCAUCGUCUACUUCGUGGCGCUCAUCUACAUGUUCAUGGGCAUGUCCAUCAUCGCCGACCGCUUCAUGUCGUCCAUCGAGGUCAUCACCUCGCAGGAGAAGGAGAUCACCAUCAAGAGGCCCAACGGCGAGACCACCACGGCCACCGUGCGCAUCUGGAAUGAGACGGUGUCCAACCUGACGCUCAUGGCCCUGGGCUCGUCCGCGCCCGAGAUCCUGCUGUCCGUCAUCGAGGUGUGCGGCCACGGCUUCGACGCGGGCAACCUCGGGCCGUCCACCAUCGUGGGCAGCGCGGCCUUCAACAUGUUCGUGAUCAUCGGCAUCUGCGUGUACGUGGUGCCGGACGGCGAGGUGCGCAAGAUCAAGCACCUGCGCGUCUUCUUCGUCACGGCCGCCUGGAGCAUCUUCGCCUACAUCUGGCUCUACCUGAUCCUGGCGGUCAUCUCGCCCGGCGUGGUGGACGUGUGGGAGGCUGUGCUGACCUUCCUCUUCUUCCCCGUCUGCGUGCUGCAGGCCUGGGUGGCCGACCGCCGCCUGCUCAUCUACAAGUACGUGCACAAGCGCUACCGCGCCGACAAGAGCCGCGGCAUCAUCAUCGAGACCGAGGGCGCCGACAGCGUCUUCGCCAAGAUGGACGUGGAGAUGGACGGCCAGGCCAACUCGCACCACAAGGAGGCGCUAGACGGCAUGCUGGCCGGUGUGGAGGAGGGAGGAGGAGGAGGAGGAGGAGGAGGAGGCAGCCGUGAGGAAGAGGAGGCGCGCAGGGAGAUGGCACGCACGCUGAAGGACCUCAAGCAGCGCCACCCUGAUAAGGACAUGGAGCAGCUGAUCGAGAUGGCCAACUACCAGGUGCUGGUGCAGCAGCAGAAGAGCCGGGCGUUCUACCGCAUCCAGGCGACGCGCAUGAUGACUGGCGCCGGGAACAUCCUGAAGAAGCACGCGGCCGACCAGGCCCGCAAGGUGGUCAGCUGCCACGAGGCCAACGCCCAGGAGGAGGACCCCCACACCGUCUACCUGCAGUUCGAGCCCUUCCACUACCAGUGCUUCGAGAACUGCGGCUCGCUCAAACUGACCGUCGGACGCCACGGGGGGGACCCGGGCUGCACGGUCAAGGUGGACUACCGUACUGAGGACGGCACGGCCAACGCGGGCUCGGACUACGAGUUUGCAGAGGGCACCCUGGUGUUCAAGCCCGGCGAGACGCUGAAGGAGUUCACCGUGGGCGUGAUCGACGACGACAUCUUCGAGGAGGACGAGCACUUCUACGUGCACCUGAGCAACCCGCGCGUGGUCCACCGCGCCGAGGUGUCUGUGCUGGACCCGGCUGCCGUCGCCACCGGCAACAGCAUGCUGGGCCUCACCGCCCUCAACUCGUCCCCGGUGCCGCCCAAGGCCGCGCUCGGCAACGCCCACACCGCCACGGUGACCAUCUACGACGACGACCACGCGGGCAUCUUCACGUUCGAGAGCGCGUCCACGCGGGUCAGCGAGAGCGUGGGCACCAUGCAGGUGAAGGUGCACCGCACGUCAGGCGCCCGUGGCAAGGUGGCAGUGCCGUACCACACCCAGGAGGGCAGUGCCCGCGCCGGGGAGGACUACGAGGAGGGCGCGGGCAAGCUGGAGUUCCUCAACGACGAGACCAUGAAGAUUCUGGAGGUGAAGGUGAUCGAUGAUGAGGAGUAUGAGAAGAAUAAAACCUUCACCAUUCACCUGGGGGAACCAGUACUACUGGAGAUCGGACAGAAGCACGGUGACUCCAAUGAUAACAAGCCUGCGGUUGGGGCAGAUGAGGAAGAGGUGGCUAAGAUGGGCUGUCCCAGUCUGGGGGAACACACCAAACUGGAGGUGGUGAUCGAGGAGUCCUACGAAUUCAAGAACACAGUGGAUAAGCUGAUUAAGAAGACCAACCUGGCUCUCGUGGUGGGCAGCAGCAGCUGGAGAGAGCAGUUUGUGAGUGCCGUGACGGUCAGUGCAGGCGACGACGACGAGGAGGAGAGCGGUGAGGAGCGUCUGCCGUCAUGCUUCGACUACAUCAUGCACUUCCUCACAGUGUUCUGGAAGGUUCUGUUCGCCUUCGUGCCGCCCACCGAGUACUGGGACGGCUGGGCCUGCUUCUUCGUGUCCAUCUCCCUCAUCGGGCUGCUCACCGCCAUCACCGGAGACCUGGCCUCCCACUUCGGCUGCACCAUCGGCCUCAAGGACUCCGUCACCGCCGUGGUGUUCGUGGCCCUUGGGACGUCCGUACCAGACACCUUUGCCAGUAAGGUGGCGGCCAUCCAGGACCAGUACGCUGACGCGUCCAUCGGCAACGUGACGGGCAGCAACGCCGUGAACGUGUUCCUGGGCAUCGGCGUGGCGUGGACCAUCGCCGCCGUCUACUGGCAGAGCCAGAACAAGCCGUUCCGCGUGCCGGCCGGGUCGCUGGCCUUCUCGGUGACGCUGUUCACCGUCCAGGCGCUGGCGUGCGUGUGCGUGCUGCUGUACCGGCGGCGGCCAGGUGUGUCCGGCGGAGAGCUGGGAGGGCCGCGCGGACCCAAGCUCCUCACCACGCUCCUCUUCGUCUCUCUCUGGCUCGUCUACAUCAUGCUGGCCUCCCUCGACGCCUACUGCUACAUGCCCAGCUUCUAGAGAGGGAGGGAGGGAGGGAUGGAGGGAGAGAGGGAGGGAGGGAGAGAAUGGGAGGAUUGAGAAAGAGGAGAAGAGCGGAGGA